CUCACUGCAAUCACAUUCGAGCUGCCGGUGAUAGGUGAGCGCACCGCAGUGAGCUAUGCAUGCAUACUAGCUAGUACUACGGUAGCUAUUAAUAGUACUUGAGUGGGUUUGGGUGAAAGCUUUAUUGACGCACAAAUUGUUAAAGCUUUGCUUUAGCAUUAAAUCUUUUCAGGGCACGUCUGCUGCGAUAACUGGGUGCAUGUGGAUCCUCGUUCACGAACAACGAUACAACGAUCACUUCAUCCCGUCAACCUUCUGGAAGUGUCAUCUGAUACAACUGGAAGCUGGAGUAGAGUGUUUAAUAGGGCUGUAUAAGUGAUAAUCUUGAGACCAUGGCUCAUCGAAGAAGAGGCGUUGGAGUGGCCCGAUCGGGUGCCAAAAAUGCCAAAAUCCAGAAAAAGGCCGAUGAAAUGAAGGCCAUGUCCUUGCAGUCGGCCAUGGAUACUUGUCAAACCUUGGAAACAAAACUGACGGAAUUUGCGGAAAGACAUCGAAACGAAAUCCAAAAUGAUCCUGCCUUUCGAACGCAAUUCCUAAAAAUGUGCGCUCCCUUGGGAGUGGAUCCCUUGCAGAGCAAAAAAUCCUUCUGGAAUGGGGUUCUUGGCGUGGGUGACUUUUACUACGAACUGGCCGUCAAGGUCGCCGAAACUUGUUUGGCUACCAAAGCUCGCAAUGGUGGAAUCAUGAGCAUCACCGAAGUGCAGUCGAUGUUGGCCAAACGAACCACCCGCUUUGACUUUGCUGGUACUAGUAGUGCAUCUACUUCAACCAGCAAAAAGAAAAAGAAAAAAUCCAAAGACACCUAUUCCGAAGAAGACAUCAAAUUGGCCAUUAAAAAGUUGGCAGUGCUGGGAAACGGAUUUCGAACCAUUGAAGUAGGAAACUCGACAAUGAUCGUCUCUGUCCCCACCGAACUCGACAAUGAUCACAUGGAAGUCAUGACAUUGGCCAAAAACAUGCAAUGUGUGACCACUGAGCAAGUGUGCGAAGUUACUGGAUGGAGCAAAAGCAGAGCCGAACGAGCACUACAACUAUUGCUGCAGGAAGGUAUGGCUUGGCUGGACAAAUAUGAAGGCCUGGACUUUUACUGGUUCCCAAGCAUCUGGAAAGAAACAAUGGAAGAAGAGCAAUCAUAGAUGACUACAAUUCACAUAACGGCCGCUAUUUUUUGAUUAUCUACGUUGCCAUCUUCCUCUUCAAAUAGAUCCAU